CGGCGUUGCUAUCAACAGCAGGUGCUCGUUGCACAGACGCCACAUUUUUAUGUUUUUGAAGAAAAACGAAUUGGAUAUUACAAUUUACUGCAACCGCUUGACUAGUAUUUAGUAUUGUUUGGUAAAGGUAUGGAAAGUAAACAUUGAAGAUGUCUGAGAAAGGUUCACGAACGGGAACUCCAAAGGGGUCCGUAAAGGGUUCAAAAGCUGGCACACCGAAGAAUUCUAAACCUAGCACACCGAAAGAAUCUAAGAGCAGCACUCCACUCCCUGACCAGUUGAAUGAGUCUGCCAUUGGUGCCUCUAAUGGAGGGGCAGAACAAGAACAUGGAACUUCCAACGGGACUCUAGAGCCACCACUUGUUUCUGAAACAAUGGGGGAGGCCCACAUUGAAGAAACAGAGGAAGACGAGAAAGAACCUGAGGAAUUUAAACCCAGAGUUCUGGAUAUGAUAAAAUCAAGGGCAGCCAUAGCCAACCUUAACGAAGAAUCCGACAUUUGGACGGAGGCCCACAAUGAGACGAUCAAGAAAUUCAUAGAAGAUUCGUCAUUCAAACUCAUCGUCUGUUACCAGGACCCCAGGCAGGGAUUUGUGGUUGACCAGGUCAUUCCCCCUCAUCCACCCGAUCAGAUCGUGUAUUUCAUCAAGGCGGAAAACACCCAAGAGGUGACAUUCGAGAACUUUCUGAAGGUCAUUCAGUAUGGAACAGUGAAGGCGAUGCACAUUGAAAGCUUGCUUCGAGUCAUGAUGGGGGUUUACGCACCGAUAUUCUUUGAAAAUACUUCUUGGCCUGACAGCAUCAAGAACGAUUUCUCCGCCCAGCUGCACAAGUUUCUGGCGACUCUGACAGACACGCGCUGGAAAAUGGAGGGCAAGACUGUGCUUUACAUUCCCACAGAGGGGACCAAAAUCCCCAGUGAGGAGGCAGCCAAGAACAAGGAGCUUGUUCAGAGACUGGAAACUGCCAUGAUCCACUGGGCGCGCCAGAUCAAGGAGGUGUUGAACACACAGGACGCCUUCGAGAUGGCUGAGACCUCCGGCCCCCUGGAAGAGAUCGAGUUCUGGAAGAACAGGUGCCAGGAUCUGUCGGGAAUUAGUGCCCAACUUGAUAAACCAGGCGUGAAAAAGAUCGAGAGCGUGUUGGAAGCUGCCAAAUCGUCAUACGUUGCACCCUUCCGAAAGCUGGCCAGUCAGAUCAAGGAAGGCUCAAGGCAGGCUGAGAGCAACCUCAAGUUCCUGUUGGUCCUGAAGGAUCCCUGCUACGAACUGUCUGAUGCCAGACCGGUCAACAUCCCAGCCAUGAUUCCCAAGAUCCUCAACCUGAUCCGUAUGAUCUGGGUUAACUCAGAGUUCUACAAGACUCGAGAACGACUGACUGGGAUCUUGAAGAAGUUGAGUAACGAGAUAAUUCGCCGUUGCUGCCGCGAGAUUAACCUGGACAAGAUCUUUGAUGGCUAUGUUCAGAGUGGCAUGAAGUCACUGCACGAGUGUAUUGAGUGCUGUGAGCAGUGGAAGGAGAUCUACAAUAAGACCUCCAAACUGCACCACAAGUUCUCUCCUGUUGGAUGGGUGCUGGACAAGAGCAGUAUCUUCGCCCAGGUGGACGCCUUCGUACAGCGAUGCAAGGACCUGUUGGAGGUGUGCCAAGCCCAGAUCCACUUUGCCCGUCGAGAGGAAGGGGACAAGAAAGAGAUGCCACACUUUGCCGGGCAGAAGGGCCCCGAAAUCAUGCGCAGCAUUAUGGAAAUAGAAGGGACCUUCGAGAAGAACCUGGCUAACCUGAGACAUGUGAAGAAGACAAUACUUGAUGUGAAGGCCACCUCAUGGCAUGAUGAUUACAACAGGUUCCGUGCUGGAGUGAAGGACCUUGAAGUGAUGAUGCAGAACGUGAUCACGUCCGCCUUUGAGACGAUCACGACGGUCGAGGGUGGUGUGGAGCUGCUUGAUAUCUUCAUGCAUCUCUCUGGUAGAGAGGCGAUCAAGCGAACAAUUGACAAGAAGACAGUGGACGUGUAUGCGAUGUUCAAUGAGGAGCUGAAUGCCGUAAAGAAAGAGCUGACUCAGAAAACCAUCCCACAAUCCCCCUCGCACCCCAAGUUUGCGGGCCAGGCUCUUUGGGCUCGGCAGCUGAAACGCCGCAUUGAGAGGAGCAUGAUGGCACUGGACAGGGCAUUCUUCUUGCCGCAGAUUGGUUCAGGCAAAGAGGUGAUGACGCAGUACCAGCAGCUCUGUAUGGCCCUUGAUGAAUACAUCCGUAAGACCUUCCAUGAAUGGACCCUCACCAUUGAUAAGGAACCAGUGAAGAAGCUAGAAGUUCCUCUGAUGUGUCGCAGUCUCGAAAGACCACCGAUGUUGGACAUCAACUUCAGCAAAGACCUGCUCAAGAUGUUCCAGGAGAUCCACUACUGGGAACGCCUCAUGUUCGAGACUCCGCACUACGCAGUGCACGUCUACAACAAACGAGAGGACCUACGAGGACUUCGAGAACACGUCAUGCUGGUUGUCAGGGACUACAACAGGAUCAUAGCGGCCCUUUCCCCAGAGGAGCGUGGGUUAUUCCGGGAGAGGAUUCGAUUCCUGGACAAGAAGGUUCACCCUGGCCUCACAAAGCUCACAUGGGCAUCAAAAGGCAUAUCCGACUACUUUGUCACCGAGUGCCGACUGAAUUCCAACAAAAUACAGGGCAUUGUUGAUGACUAUAAGGGUUCCAACAUGGAGAUCUCGACCAAGUGUGUGAACGUCAGUGAGAACCUGCUGGUGAAGAUUGACAGUCGCAAGGUGUACGAGAACUUGGAGUUUGAAGAGUCCCAGGUAAGCCACCGCUCGAGCGUGCAGAAGAGGCUGAAACAGUACCAUGACGAGAUCAUCAACACCAUGAAGAAGACGUAUGAAGUGUUCAAGGGGGAUGGUGCGGAGGUGCAGUCUCACUGGCAUCGUUACACAGAGAAGAUGGACAAGAUGGUGGAGGAAGCCUUCAGACUCAACGUCAAGUGGUCCCUCCAGGAGCUCUCUAAGGCCAUCAACGGGGACGGGAAGUCUGCUCCCAACCCAUUGUUCAGGGUGAAAGUCUGUCUGGAAGGGGACAAGGUUGAAUUUGCACCAACUUUGAAGCAACUGGCCUCCAUUGUUGGCAGUAUUGGCUCACAUCUGACGAACUCCAUCUCUGAUAUUCCACGCCUGCCGACUGUUCUGACCAAGAAGAAGUCAACACGAGAUCCCAUUCACCAGGUGGUAGCCAAGGACGAGGAGACACGGAAGAUCCAGACGGUGAUCAGCGCGGGCAUGCAGAGCAAUGCCCAGAACUUGACCAACUAUCUCAGCACUUGGGACAACUACCGCGAGAUCUGGGAGAUACACAAGGACGCAUUCAUCCGUCGGUAUCAACGCCUCAACCCUCAGGUGUCCUCCUUCGACGCUGAUAUUGCCAGAUACACGGAAGUUGCCAACAACGUUCAGACCCAGGAGACGAUCCUGAACAUCCAGUUUGUGCUGCUGGAUUGCUCUCCCCUGAAGUACUCUAUCCUCUCUCACUGCAGCGAGUGGCAGAACAAGUUCACGACGCUCCUCAGCGAGAUUGCCACAAGCAAGCUGAAGGAGCUUCACAAGUUCCUGAGGGAGAACGGGGAACAAGUGAGCAAGCCACCUUUGACGCUGGACGAGCUGGGAGUGAGUCUCGACCUCUGGGAGAAGCUCAACAGUGGACGACCUGAGAAAGAGGCAGAGUUCCCGCCGUUACAUGACCAGUUUGGAAUCCUCGAGAAGUAUGAGGUCGUCAUUCCGGAUGAGGUUAAACAAAUGCUGCACGAUUUGCACGGAGAAUGGGUGACGUUCCAAGAAAAACUGGUGGAGUCUGAAGUCAUGUUGAAGAAACACAAGGAAAAGUUCAAGAGUAACUUGCUGGGUCAGUCUGAGGAAUUCAAGAAGCAAGUACACAACCUUCUGGACGAGUUUGUGACUAAAGGUCCGUUUACGAGCAACAUCGGGACGGGUGACGCGCUGGAGAACAUCACAGCAAUCCGUACCCAGAUGGAAGCCUUGAAGAAGCAGGAGGCCGAUAUAAGACGUGGGCUCAACAUCUUCAAGAUAGAUCAGCCCCCUUCAAAAGAGAUUGCUACCCUGGAAAAGGACUUGGAGCUGAUCGAGACGAUCUGGAUGCUGAACAAGGAGUGGGAGGGGCACUGGGCGAGCUGGAAGGACGGCAAGUUCACGGAGCUGCAGACCGACCCCAUGGAGACACAGUGCAUGACCAUCUUCAAGAAACUCACCAAGUACAGUCGAGAUCUCAAGGACAAGAAUUGGGAGGUGGUUGAAACCAGUCGCAGCAAGGUGGACCAGUUCAAGCGCACCAUGCCCCUCAUUCAGGAUAUGAAAAACAAAGCCAUGAGGCCCAGGCAUUGGCAUGCUAUACAGACCAAGAUGCAGCGUCAGUUUGACCACACUGCCGCGGAAUUCACGCUUGAGAAGAUUAUUGAGUUCGGUUUUGACCAGUAUGCCGAGUCCAUUAAUGAGGUGUCAGGGGCUGCAACCAAAGAACUGGCCAUUGAACAGGCUCUAGACGCCAUCACGCAGACGUGGAACAUCACGGAGCUAGACAUUGCGCCAUACAAGGGAUGCUUCAAGGUGCGCAGUACGGACGACGUGUUUGCUGCGCUUGAGGACAACCAGGUUCAGCUCUCGACCAUGAAGGCUUCAAGGUUUGUGAAAGCAUUUGAGCAGGAUGUAGACAGAUGGGAGAGAACUCUGUCCCAUAUACUGGAGGUGGUGGAGAUGUUACUCACUGUACAGAGGCAGUGGAUGUACCUGGAGAACAUUUUCCUGACGGACGACAUUCGCAAACAGCUGCCGCGUGAGUCUGCCGAGUUUGACGACGUGAACGUCAAGUGGAAGGUGAUCAUGUCACGAUUGAACAAGGAUAAGAAUGCUCUGAGGGGAACCCACCAUGAAGGCAUGCUGGAACAGCUGAAUGACAUGAACCUGAAGCUGGAGGAGAUACAGAAAUCCCUUGACAUGUACCUCGAGACCAAGCGACAGACGUUCCCGAGGUUCUACUUCCUGUCCAAUGACGACCUACUCGAGAUUCUCGGCCAAUCGAAGAACCCAGAGGCUGUACAGCCCCACCUAAAGAAGUGCUUCGAUAAUAUCAAGUCGUUGAAGAUGGGCAAGACUCGGUUAGACUCUACUCUGCAAGGAAUGAAAUGGGAGGCAGCAGGAAUGUCAUCAGCAGACGGGGAGUAUGUCGAGUUCAUUAAGGCGGUCUAUCUCGACGGACCGGUCGAGGCCUGGCUGUGCGACGUGGAGAAGAACAUGAGAUUCACGCUGAAGAAACGACUGCCUGAGUGCCGAAACGCUCUGAAAAAGAGUUUGACAAAACGGGACAAGUGGAUCAAGGAAUGGCCAGGACAGCUCUGCAUCACGUCCAGUCAGAUUCAAUGGACGUUCGACGUGGGUAAAGCGUUGAACACAACGAAGGAACGGGGCGACAAACGGGCACUGAAAACCAUGAAGAAGAAGCAAAUUUCCAUGCUGAAUAAGUUUUCGGAAGCUAUUCGAGGCAACCUGACAAAAAUCCAGCGUCUCAAAAUCGUUGCCUUGGUUACCAUUGAAGUGCACGCCCGUGACAUCAUCGAUCGCCUCAUUAAGGUCGGAUGUUCAGACGUGAACGCGUUUGAGUGGUUGAGCCAACUGAGGUUCUACUGGGAAAAGGACAUUGAUGACUGCGUGGUGAAGCAGACGAACACCCAGUUCCAGUACGGGUAUGAGUAUCUGGGUAACUCCGGCCGUCUGGUCAUCACACCGCUCACUGACCGCUGCUACAUGACACUGACCACCGCCCUGCAUCUCCACAGAGGGGGCAGUCCAAAGGGCCCUGCAGGUACGGGUAAGACGGAAACAGUGAAGGAUCUAGGGAAGGGUUUGGGCAUGUAUGUCAUAGUUGUGAAUUGCUCGGAAGGUCUCGACUACAAAUCCAUGGGUCGUAUGUUCUCCGGGUUGGCUCAGACCGGGGCCUGGGGCUGUUUUGACGAGUUCAACAGAAUCAACAUCGAGGUAUUGUCCGUCGUCGCUCAGCAGAUUCUCUCCAUUCUCAGCGCACUUGCCGCCGGAUCAGAACUGUUUGUGUUUGAGGGAAGGGAGAUCACUCUGGUGUGGUCAUGUGGAAUCUUCAUCACUAUGAAUCCAGGCUACGCAGGCAGAACUGAGUUGCCUGACAACCUCAAGUCCAUGUUCAGGCCCAUAGCCAUGGUGACGCCAGACUCCAACUUGAUUGCAGAGAUCAUCCUCUUUGGAGAGGGCUUCGGAAAUACCAAGAAUUUGGCCAAGAAGGUGUUCACGCUGUACUCCUUGGCCAUGCAGCAGCUGUCCAAACAAGACCACUACGACUUCGGGCUUCGAGCCCUAGUCUCCGUGCUGAGAUACGCCGGAAGGAAGAAGCGCUCCAAUCCCAACAUGCCAGACGAGGAGAUUCUGCUGCUGUCAAUGAAGGACAUGAACAUUGCCAAGCUGACCUCAGUGGACUUGCCGCUGUUCAAUGGAAUCAUGUCAGAUCUGUUCCCGGGAAUUGAGACGCCGUCCAUUGAUUACUCCAAGUUAAAGAACGCGAUCAUAGACGAGCUCAAGGCGCGUAACCUCAUGGUCAACGACCACUCAAUCACCAAGGUGAUCCAACUGUACGAGACGAAGACCUCGCGUCACUCUGUGAUGAUCGUUGGAGGCACACAGUCGGCCAAGUCCACAACGUGGAAGGUCCUGCAGGGCUCCAUGACGGCCCUUAAUAAGGUCCCAGAGAUGAGCGCCACCUACCAGGUUGUCAAGGACUUCCCACUCAACCCGAAGGCCCUCUCUCUGGGAGAACUGUACGGGGAGUUUGACCUGAACACCAAUGAGUGGACGGAUGGAAUCCUGUCCAGUGUUAUGAGACAGACCUGUGCAGAUGAGAAGCCUGAUGAGAAGUGGCUGGUGUUUGACGGCCCCGUAGACACGCUGUGGAUCGAGAGCAUGAACUCCGUGAUGGACGACAACAAGAUCCUCACUCUCAUCAACGGCGAGCGUAUCUCCAUGCCCGACCAAGUCUCUCUGCUCUUUGAGGUGGGUGACCUGGCUGUAGCCUCUCCUGCUACUGUGUCCCGCUGCGGGAUGGUGUUUGCAGACUACAUUGACCUUGGAUGGAAACCGUAUGUUGAGUCAUGGCUGCAGAAGAAACAGUCUAAGGCCUUGGUGGAAGAACUGCGGCGUCUAAUUGACAAAUACUUUGACAAGAUCCUGGAGUUCAAGAAACGUAACUGCUUCGAACUCGUGCCGGCAGCCGAGCUCAACAUAGUAGCCUCCCUUUGCAGGCUCUUUGAUUCCCUGGCAACAGAAGAAAAUGGGGUGGAUGAGAACGACCAAGAGAACUUUGUGCGUGUCGUGGAGCUGUGGUUCCAAUUCUGCUUGAUCUGGUCGCUGUGCUGCACAGUUGACGAGGAGGGACGCAAGAAGAUUGACACGUACAUCCGCGAGAUGGAGGGAACCUUCCCGAACAAGGACUCCAUCUAUGAGUAUUAUGUGGACCCCAAGGGCAAGACCUGGGUGCACUGGGAGGAGAAACUGAAGCAUGGCUGGAAGUACAAUCCCAGUCUGCCAUUCUUCAAGCUCAUGGUCCCCACAGUGGACACAGUUCGCUACCAGUACCUGACUCAGACGCUGAUCAAGAACCUGUGUCCUGUGAUGCUCGUAGGUCCAGUCGGAACCGGAAAGACCUCAGUCGCGGAAAACACGCUCGGAAAACUGGACCCGAAAUCUUACAGUGUUCUCACAGUGAACAUGUCUGCUCAGACGUCAUCAAACAAUGUCCAAGACAUCAUUGAGAGCCGAGUGGAGAAGCGAACCAAGGGCGUGUACGUGCCGAUAGGCGGCAAGAAACUGCUGACAUUCAUGGACGACUUCAACAUGCCCGCCAAGGACACGUUCGGUUCCCAGCCGCCCCUGGAACUCAUUAAACUGUGGCUCGACUACGGCUUCUGGUACGACAGGGAAAAACAGACCCAGAAGUAUAUCAAGGACAUGUUCCUGGUUGUGGCUAUGGGUCCUCCAGGCGGUGGCCGACAGCACAUCUCCACACGUCUGCAGAGCAAGUUCAAUCUCAUCAACAUGACCUUCCCACAUGAGUCGCAGAUCAAGCGCAUCUUCGGCAGCAUGAUCAACCAGAAACUGCAGAACUUCGAGGAAGAGGUGAAGCCGAUUGGGGACAUCAUGACGCAGGCCACCAUCGAGAUGUACCAGUCUGUGAUCACCAAGUUCCUGCCCACACCCACCAAGAUACACUACCUGUUCAACCUCAGGGACAUUUCCAGGGUAUUCCAAGGACUUCUGCGUGCAGACAAAGACUUCCACGACACCCGCCACGCCAUGACCCGACUCUGGAUCCACGAGUGCUUCCGCGUGUUCUAUGAUCGACUCAUCGACGAUCACGACAAGGAGAACUUCAUCCAGAUAAUCACUGAGAAGCUCGGGGUUCUGUUCGACCAGACCUUCCACAACAUCUGUCCCAACAGGCAGCCGCCUAUCUUUGGUGACUACUACGGCACAAACAACGUCUACGAGGACAUUACAAACAUCGUGCAGCUGAAGAAGUUGAUGCAAGACAAGCUGGAAGACUACAAUGAGACGCCCGGCGUGGUCCGCAUGGACCUAGUGCUUUUCAGGGACGCCAUUGAACACAUUUCCAAGAUAGUGAGAGUUAUUCGCCAGCCAAGAGGUAACAUGCUGUUGGUCGGUAUCGGUGGCUCGGGUCGCCAAAGUUUGACGCGGCUUGCUGCAAACAUCUGCGAGUACUCAACCUUCCAGAUCGAGGUUACAAAGCACUAUAGAAAAGCGGAGUUCCGAGACGACCUGAGGAAGCUGUACUUCCAAGCAGGCGUGGACAACAAGCCAACGGUGUUCCUCUUCAAUGACAUCCAGGUGGUGGAGGAAGGAUUCCUGGAGGACAUCAACAACAUCCUCAGCAGUGGGGAGGUGCCCAACCUGUACAAGGCAGACGAGUUUGAGGAGGUGAAAAAUGCACUGGCAGAUGAGGCAAAGAAGGCGGGUAUCGACAACUCGCCACAGAGCAUCUUUGCCUUCCUCAUAGAGAGAGUGCGUGCCAAUCUGCAUGUGGUCCUGUGUAUGAGCCCUGUGGGGGAGCCAUUCAGAAAUCGCAUCCGUAUGUACCCUGCGUUUGUCAACUGCACAACUAUAGACUGGUUCAGCGAAUGGCCUCUAGAUGCUUUACUUGAAGUGGCAGACAAAUACCUCAGUGAAGAAUCAUUGGGCAGUGAAGCAGAGGACGGCCACAAGGGCAGUUUGGCCAAGAUUUUCUCCAUCAUGCACAAGUCUGUGUCAGACUUUUCCACAAAAAUGUACGCGGAAAUGAAGCGUCACAAUUAUGUGACCCCCACUAACUACCUAGAGCUGGUGUCGGGCUACAAGAAACUUCUGUUUUCAAAGAAGAAAGAGCUUGGAGAUGCAGCCAACAAACUUAAGAACGGUCUAAGCAAAAUUGACGAGACUCGAGAGAAAGUCGAGAAAAUGUCGGUGGAACUUGAGGACGCGAAAACCAAGGUGGCACAGUUCCAGAAACAGUGCGAGGAAUAUCUUGUCAUCAUUGUGGGGCAGAAACGAGAGGCAGAUGAACAGCAGAAGUCGGUUGCCCAGAAGAGUGAGAGGAUUGCAGAUGAGGAGGCCAAGUGUCAGCACAUGGCGGACCUGGCCCAGAGCGAUCUUAACGAGGCUUUGCCUGCCCUGGAAGAAGCCAUCAGGGCCUUAGAAUCCUUGAACAAGAAGGACAUGACUGAAAUCAAAUCGUAUGCAAAACCCCCGACCCUUGUUGAAAAGGUCAUGGAAGCGGUUAUGAUCUUGCGCGGUCAGGACCCCACAUGGUCCGAAGCCAAACGACAGCUCGGUGACCAGAACUUCUUGAAGCAGCUCAUGGACUUUGACAAGGACAACAUCACGGACCGAGUCCUCAAGAAAAUUGGGCAGUACGUAGCCCAGACGGACUUUCAACCGGAGAUCAUCGGGCGAGUCUCCUCAGCAGCCAAGUCGCUGUGCAUGUGGGUCCGCGCUAUGGAGGUGUACGGACGAAUCUAUCGCGUUGUUGAGCCUAAGAAACAACGACUGAACGCGGCCAUGUCUCAACUGAAAGAGAAACAGGACGCGCUCAGUGAUGCAAAAGCCAAACUUGCUGAGGUUGAGUCCAAGAUGGCUGAACUGCAGAAGCAGUACCAGGAGAAACAGGACCAGAAAGAGGAGCUCAAGAGGAAGGCUGCACACACCGAACUCAUGUUGGACAGGGCCGCUAAACUGGUAUCAGGCCUUGCUGGCGAGAGGGUACGCUGGGAGCAGACUGUGAAAGACUUGGAGGAACGACUGGGUUUCCUCAUUGGAGACUGUCUCAUAGCGGCCGCCUUUAUGUCCUACAUCGGACCCUUCCUGUCCAACUACCGUGACGAACUGGUGCAGAAAGUCUGGCUAGCGGAGGUGAAGAAACUUGGUGUACCGUGUGACCCAGGAUUUGAUUUCUGCAAGUUCAUGGCCAAGCCGACGAAUGUCCGUGACUGGAACAUCCAGGGGUUGCCUAGCGACAGCUUCUCCACGGAGAACGGUGUCAUAGUGACGAGUGCCAGUCGCUGGCCCCUCAUGGUGGACCCACAGGGGCAGGCAAUCAAGUGGAUCAAAAACAUGGAGGCCUCACGGAACCUGAAGGUGAUUGACCUGCAGCAGACGGACUACAUGCGGACCCUGGAAGGGGCCAUCCAGUUUGGGCUCCCUGUUCUUCUGCAGAACGUACAGGAACGCCUGGAUCCCUCCCUGGACCCCGUCCUCAAUAAAUCUCUCAUGAAGAUUGGUGGUGCGUACAUGAUCCGUAUCGGAGACAAGGAGAUUGAGUACAACCCGGAGUUCCGGUUCUACAUCACGACCAAGCUGAGCAAUCCGCACUACACGCCAGAGAUCUCCACCAAGACCACCAUAGUAAACUUUGCCGUGAAAGAGCAAGGUCUGGAGGCCCAGCUGCUGGGUAUAGUUGUUGGUAAGGAGAGGCCAGAUCUGGAGGAGAAGAAGGACAGUCUUGUGAGGAGCAUUGCAGACGGCAAGAAGAAACUCGUGGAACUUGAGGACGAGAUUCUACGGCUGCUGAACGAGACCAAGGGCUCGCUGCUAGAUGACGAGCAGCUGGUGAACACGCUGCAGGCCUCCAAGGUGACGUCCCAGGAGGUCUCGGAGCAGCUACAGAUCUCAGAGCAGACCGAGGUGAAAAUUGAUGCUGCAAGAGAGGGAUACCGACCGGCGGCCGAGAGGGCCUCCAUCUUGUUCUUCGUGCUCAACGACAUGGGUCGCAUAGACCCCAUGUACCAGUUCUCUCUGGACUCGUACAUAGAUCAGUUCAAGCUAUCAAUUGACAAGUCGCCCCGCAGCGCAAAGUUGGAGGAGAGAAUCGUGAACCUCAACGAUCACCACACCUACGCCAUCUACAGGUUCAUCUGUCGUGGUCUUUUUGAACGCCACAAGCUGCUGUUCUCGUUCCAAAUGUGCGCCAAGAUUCUCGAGCACGCUGGCAAGCUCAACAUGGACGAAUACAACUUCUUCCUCCGUGGUGGAGUGGUAAUUGACCGGGAGAAUCAGAUGGACAACCCGUGCUCGGGCUGGCUGUCGGACGUUGCCUGGGACAACAUCACGGAGCUGGAGAAGCUGACCAACUUCCACGGGAUCAUCACGUCGUUCGAGCAGUACCCCCGCGACUGGAACAUCUGGUACACGGCCAACGAGCCGGAGAAUACAGCCCUGCCAGGUGAAUGGGACAAUGCGUGCAACGAGCUGCAGAAGAUGCUUAUCAUCCGCUCCCUGCGACCGGACCGUGUCUCGUUCUGCGCCACCUCUUUCAUCACCAACAAUCUGGGCUCGAGAUUCGUGGAGCCGCCUGUGCUGGACAUGCAGCAUGUGGUCGGGGACUCGAGUACCAAGACGCCUCUAAUCUUUGUGCUCUCACCCGGAGUGGACCCAACCAGUGGGUUGUUACAGCUGGCAGAGCAGAGCGGUAUGGCCCAGAGGUUUCACGCGCUCUCCUUGGGUCAAGGUCAGGCACCCAUAGCCACGAGAAUGAUCAAGGAGGGUGUGAGAGAGGGUAACUGGGUAUUCCUUGCCAACUGCCACCUGUCCCUCAGCUGGAUGCCUCAGCUGGACAAGCUUGUGGAGCAGCUGCAGGUGGAGGAACCUCACCCAGAGUUCAGGCUCUGGCUCAGCUCCAGCCCACACCCGGAGUUCCCCAUCGCCAUCCUGCAGACAGGCAUCAAGAUGACCACAGAGCCACCUAAGGGCUUGAAGGCCAACCUCAAGCGUCUCUACAACCUGAUCACAGAGCAGCAGUUCAGCCGGUGCCACAAGCAGGACAAGUACAAGAAGCUACUCUUUGCGCUCUGUUACUUCCACUCGGUGCUGCUCGAGAGGAAAAAGUUCCUCAUGCUGGGCUGGAACAUAGCCUACGAGUUCAACGAUUCAGAUUUUGAGGUAUCAGAGAACCUGCUGAGUAUCUACCUGGACGACUAUGACGAGAGCCCGUGGGAUGCACUCAAGUAUCUGAUAGCGGGAAUCAACUACGGAGGUCACGUGACUGACGAGUGGGACAGAAGGCUCCUUAUGACCUACAUAGCAGACUUUUUCAACGACAACUCCAUCAACACUCCUUUCUUCCAGCUGUCAACACUUGUGACAUACUACAUUCCUAAGGACGGCCCCCUCUCUUCCUACAAGGAAUAUGUCAGCAUGUUGCCAAACAUUGACCACCCUGAGGCCUUUGGGCAGCAUCCCAACGCAGAUAUCCAGUCUCAGAUCCAGGAAACUCGACUCAUGUUCGACACGCUUCUCUCCCUUCAGCCGCAGAUCUCAUCCGUCGCUGGCGAGUCCAGGGAAGAUAAGGUGCUGGAACUGUCUGCAAACAUCUACAAACAGAUUCCCGAGAACAUCGACUAUGACAACACAGUUAAGAUUCUCUCCAUUGAUCCAUCACCGAUCAAUGUUGUACUUCUACAGGAGAUCCAGCGCUACAACGCGCUUCUUGUGGAGAUACGCAAGUCCCUGAAGGACCUUGACAUGGGUAUCCAGGGCUUGGUUGUCAUGACGGUGGAACUCGAGAGCAUCUUCAUCUGUAUCUACGACGGCCGUGUGCCACCCUCAUGGCUCAAGGCCUACCCAUCCCUAAAGCCCCUGGCAGCCUGGACCCGAGACCUUGUGCAGCGUCUAGACCAGCUUGAGAAGUGGGCGACCACAGCCCACCCGCCGAAUAUCUUCUGGAUGUCAGGGUUCACGUUCCCGACAGGUUUCCUGACUGCAGUCCUACAGUUGUCUGCCCGUCUCAACAACGUCUCUAUCGAUAGCCUCUCUUGGGAGUUUAGCGUGAUGACGGUGGAUGAUACGAAUAUCACUGGACCCCCGAAGGAUGGUGUAUACAUCAAGGGGUUGUUCCUGCAAGGCGCUGGGUGGGACAAGAAGAAUCAGUGUCUGAUAGAGGCUACACCCAUGCAGCUUGUCUGUCAGAUCCCCACGAUACACUUCAAGCCAGUCGAGAACAAGAAGAAGGUCACCAAAGGAAUCUACACAUGCCCAUGCUACUAUUUCCCGAACCGCACGGGAAGUAUGGGUAGACCCUCAUUCAUUGUUGCCACGGAAUUGAAGAGCGGAGAUAAGUCCCCUGACCAUUGGGCAAAGAGGGGAACUGCUCUGCUGAUGAGUCUUGACUACUAGAACCUGCAGACUUUUAUUUUCACCUGUGGUCUUUUGAUUCCACCUGUGGACUUUUACUUCACCCAAGGACUUUUGAUCCACCUGUGGAAUUUUACUUCAACGGUGGAAUUUUGUUUGUUUGCUGACAAAGAAUUAGCCAUUGAAUUGUAAUUAACAAAGUUUACUCACAGACCUUGAAUCAAUCUGUGGAUUGUGAAUAUGUGUGCUGAUUUUUAAUCAAACUGUUAUUAUAUUUGUGAGCUCUCAGCUCUGUGUGUGUACUCGAAGCUGUGAAAAUAUUACAUUUCUGAAAGGAAUUAAAAUGGGGUAUAAUAAUUAAACUGCAGACUUUGAAUUCCGUUAUGGAGUUUUUGGAUCAUUGUUGAAACUGUGAAACUAUGAAACUUAUACCUUUGUGCAAUUUUAUACCAUGCAGACUUUUUGAAGUGGCAUUCUGUAUAUAACAUGCACAUUUUCAAUGACAGUAUCCGGGAGAAGGUUUACAAAUGUAACAUGAACAUCUGAAUAAUAUUUUAAUUAAACAUUGGACAAUGAUUUAACUUUUAUAAUUUGAAGAUGUGCAUUUCGGCUCUGUGCAUCACAUAAUGGAGUAAUGUGUAGAAAUCAACUUUAAAUUUGGACUAAAAUUACGAAUGAAAUAGUUGUGGAUUAUGUUUUGAUGUUUUAUUGAAAAUAGUUGACCAUAGUUUGUUAUUGAUUUGUGUUGCUUUAUAUUCUGGUUUGUAAAUUGGUUUUUGAUGUUGGUGUUGAUUGAACUACGAUUCAUCAAGUUGUCUGUCUGUUUUUGUGAACAUAAUUGGACCUUUAAAGUCAUUGAUCAACAGCGCAUUAUAAGGGAAAUGUUAGCAUUGCAUACAAUUUUAAGUCUUUUUCUUCUUUUAUUUUGCAAAGAUUUUAUUCAGUGUUAUUCAGUUUAUUUAUUGAGCAUGUUGCUUGAAGUUUUAUUAACAAGUUUGCCAGCAUCUGAUAAAUUAUAUGUUGAUCUUGUACAAUACUGUCUAAAGUUUCCGUACAAUAAGAUGAUAUAUCUUGACCCAAACUAAGAGUAAAUGUUUCCGUCCAACAUACUAUUCUAUUUAUUUACGUGCCAGAUGUAUUUAUUAGUAUGAAAUUAUACAUAUUGUUUUGUUUAAGAAAUAAAUAACAUCAAUAUAA